UUUUUUAUACGUUUCUGUUCCGACUCUGACACAGAGCGAGAUGCAUACAUUUGUUCUUGAAUUUACCAUCAAAUGCAUCGUGGAGCAAUCACAGAACUAAUCAAAACUUGCGCCAAGGGCUCCUUGCUUAGUGGCGCACUCCAGGUCCAUGGCAAUGCCUUGAAGAUGGGCUUUGCUUGUGUUCUCACCAUUGGCAAUGACCUCAUUGACAUGUAUGCCAAGUGUGGCAGGCUUGACUUUGCCGGAAAGGUGUUUGACGAAUUGUCUGAAAGAAAUGUUGUGUCUUGGACAGCUUUCAUGGUUGGGUUCUUGAAGGAUGGUAAUGCUGAAAAGUGUUUGAAGGUGUUUGAUGAGAUGAUAGUCUCAGGAUUUCAGCCGAAUGAGUACACUCUUUCGACUACCUUGAAAGCUUGUGGCCUUGUUGGUCCUGCUGGGCAUGGAGCUGGGAUUCAGGUUCAUGGAGUGUGCAUUAAGUCUGGAUUUGAGUUGCAUGAUGUGGUUGGUAAUUCUGUUAUCUUUAUGUAUUCAAGAAGUGGAAUGGUUGAUGAAGGGGAGCGAAUGUUUGAAAUAAUGCCGGUUAAGAGUCUUGUGAGUUGGAAUGCAAUGAUUGCCGGGUUUGCUUAUGGAGGUGAUGGCAACAAGUGUUUGUGUUUGUUCAAACAGAUGCAAAAACAAGAGGUUCCAGAUGAGUUCACGUUUGCAAGCUUAUUGAAAGCUUGCAGUGGCCUUGGAGCAGGCCGGGAAGGAACUCAAGUUCAUGCUUCAUUGAUCACAAAUGGGUUUGUUAAUACAAACAAUUCAAUACUUUCAGGCGCUCUCACUGACCUCUAUGUCAAAUGUGGAUGUCUAACGGAGGCGAGAAAGGUGUUUGAUCUGACUGUGCAGAAAAAUGUGGUGCAGUGGACAACAUUGAUACUUGGCUAUGCUCAAGAAGGUUUUGUGAGAGAAACCAUGGAUCUGUUUAGCAAGUUUUGGGUCUCAGGGACACGAAUAGAUGGGCAUGUUCUAUCAAGUGUUAUAGGUGUGUUUGCUGAUUUUGCACUUGUAGUGCAAGGAAGACAAGUUCAUUCUUAUACGAUCAAAUCUCCGUCCGGCGAAGAUGUUUCAGUAGCCAACUCCCUCAUUGAUUUUUACCACAAAUGUGGACUCCCUGAUGAAGCUGAGGUUCAUUUCAGGGAAAUGCACAAGAGAAAUGUAGUAUCAUGGACGACGAUGAUCAACGGUCAUGGAAAGCACGGGCAUGGCAAGGCAGCAAUCAAUCUCUUCAAUGAAAUGCAACUUGAAGGUGUUGAACCAGAUGAUGUUGCCUAUCUAGCCUUGUUGUCAGCUUGCAGCCAUGCCGGGCUCAUUGAGCAAUGUCAAUAUUACUUCUCGAGAUUAAUUAGUGAUCACCAAAUAAAGCCCAAAGUUGAGCAUUACGCAUGUAUGGUAGACCUCCUCGGUCGUGCAGGGAGGUUGCAGGAAGCCAAGGAACUCAUAGAAAACAUGCCAUUAGAAGCCAAUGUAGGUAUUUGGCAAACUCUAUUGAGUGCUUGUAGAGUGCAUAGAAACUUAAACAUGGGUAGAGAAGUAGGCAGAAUUCUGCUGAGAAUAGAUGGCGAUAACCCUGCAAACUAUGUCAUUUUGUCAAACAUCCUCUCAGAAGCCGGAAAAUGGAGUGAAUGCGCAGAGUUAAGAGAGAAGAUGAAAAAGAAAGGGAUGAAGAAACAAGGAGGAUGCAGCUGGAUAGAGAUAAAUAAAGAAGUGCAUUUCUUUUAUGGUGGCUAUAACACACACCCAGAGACCGAAAAAAUUCAUUUUGUACUUAAAGAAGUUGAAAAGAAGAUGAAUGAAGAACUAGGCUAUGUUCAUGGAGUGAGCUAUGCAAUGCAUGAUGUUGAGGAUGAGAGUAAAGAAGAGAACUUGAGAAUGCACAGUGAGAAGCUGGCCAUUGGACUGUGGCUUGUUGUUAAUGGUGAAAAGGAGAAGGGAGAGGCCAUUAGAGUGUAUAAGAACUUGAGAGUUUGUGGUGAUUGCCAUGAAUUCAUUAAGGGAGUAUCAAAGGUUCUUGACAUUGUGCUUGUGGUCAGGGAUGCAAACAGGUUUCAUAGAUUUGAGCAUGGGGUGUGCUCUUGUGGAGAUUACUGGUGAUAGAUUUCAGGUUUGAUCCAACGUAAACAUUUCUUGAUUGAAAAAUUAGGAUUUGUAUUUAUUUUAGUG